AUGUCCCUGCUGCCGCCCGAGAUCCACACCGCGCUGUCCCAGCUGCUGCGCUCUCUGAGCACUCCCGACAACGCCGUCCGAUCACAGGCUGAAGACCAGCUUAACAAUGACUGGGUUCAGAACCGACCAGAUGUCCUCCUUAUGGGACUUGCAGAGCAGAUUGGAGGAGCCGAAGACACAUUAACUCGUGCUUUCUCCUGCGUCCUUUUCCGAAGAAUCUCAACAAAAACUCGCAAGGACCCUAUCACUGGCGAGGCGAAGGAGAUCUUCCUCAGCUUGCCAAAUGAGCAGCGUGUGGCCAUUCGGGAAAAGUUGAUCACAUGUCUCACAACCGAGUCUGUCACUGAUGUGCGCAAGAAGAUCGGUGAUGCGGUGGCCGAGGCGGCUCGCCAAUACACCGACAAUGGCGAACAAUGGCCCGAGCUGCUGGCUAUUCUUUUCCAGGCCAGCCAAUCCCCCGAGUCCGGUCUUAGAGAGACUGCUUUCCGAAUCUUCACAACUACUCCCGGUAUCAUCGAGAAGCAACACCAGGAUGCCAUCCUUGCUGUCUUUUCCAAGGGAUUCAAGGAUGACAAUAUUGCCGUGCGAAUUGCUGCUAUGGAAGCUUUCGCCGCGAUGUUCCGUUCCAUCCCCAAGAAAUCCCAGUCCAAGUUCUUCUCGCUUAUGGGAGAUGUGCUUAACAUUUUGCCUCCUCUUAAGGAGUCUAACGAAAGCGAGGAGCUGUCUUCAGCUUUCCUUGCCUUGAUUGAGCUGGCUGAAAUCAGCCCGAAGAUGUUUAAGGCCUCUUUCGCUGACCUGGUCAAGUUCAGCAUCAGUGUCAUUGCUGAUAAGGAUCUCAGUGAUCAAGUUCGCCAGAACUCACUGGAGCUGAUGGCCACUUUCGCCGACUACGCACCAAACAUGUGCAAGAAGCAGGAGAACUUUGCACAGGAGAUGGUUACCCAGUGCUUGAGUCUGAUGACUGACGUCGGUGCUGAUGAUGAUGAUGCUGAAGAGUGGAAUGAUUCUGAGGAUCUCGAGCCUGAAGAAAACGAUCUUAACCACAUUGCUGGUGAGCAAUGUAUGGACCGUCUUGCCAAUAAGCUCGGUGGCGAGGCUAUUCUACAGCCUGCCUUCUCUUGGAUCCCCCGCAUGAUGGGAUCUACUGCCUGGCGCGAUCGCCACGCUGCCCUCAUGGCCAUCUCUGCCAUCUCCGAGGGUUGUCGUGACCUUAUGGUCGGUGAGCUUGACCAGGUCCUUGCCCUCGUUGUGCCCGCUCUCCAGGACCCCCACCCCCGUGUUCGCUACGCUGGUUGCAAUGCCCUCGGUCAGAUGAGUACCGACUUUGCUGGAACCAUGCAGGAGAAGUACCACGCCAUUGUACUGAACAACAUCAUCCCUGUUCUGAGCUGCCCUGAGCCCCGUGUCCAGUCUCACGCAGCUGCCGCCCUGGUCAACUUCUGCGAGGAGGCUGAGCGCAGCAUUUUGGAGCCAUACCUUGGAGAUCUUCUCAGUCGCCUUCUGGAUCUUCUGCGCAGCCCCAAACGUUACCUGCAGGAGCAGGCUCUUUCCACCAUCGCCACUAUUGCCGAUUCCGCUGAGACUGCUUUCGGUCAGUACUACGCGAACCUGAUGCCUCUGCUGCUCGACGUCCUCAAGCAGGAGCAAGGCAAGGAAUACCGCCUGCUUCGCGCCAAGGCCAUGGAGUGCGCUACUCUGAUCGCUUUGGCUGUUGGCAAGGAGAAGAUGGGCCCGGAUGCCAUGAAUCUUGUGCAGAUUCUCGGCAACAUUCAGCAAAACAUCACCGAUGCAGAUGAUCCUCAGUCACAGUACCUCCUCCACUGCUGGGGCCGUAUGUGCCGUGUUCUUAACCGCGAUUUCGUCCCCUACCUUCCGGGUGUUAUGCCACCUCUGUUGACUGUGGCAGCCGCCAAGGCUGAUAUUCAGCUGCUUGAUGAUGAAGAUCAGAUUGAGCAGGUUGAACAGGAUGAGGGCUGGGAGCUGGUACCCCUUAAGGGCAAGAUCAUCGGUAUCAAGACCAGUGCCCUGGAGGACAAGAAUACCGCUAUUGAGUUGAUUACCAUCUACGCUCAGAUCUUGGAGGAGGCCUUUGAGCCUUACGUCUUGGAGACCAUGGAGAAGAUCGCCGUUCCCGGUCUUGCUUUCUUCUUCCACGACCCCGUCCGUGUGUCGGCUGCCAAGUUGAUCCCCCAACUCCUGAACUCGUACAAGAAGGCCCACGGGCAGUCCCCGGCCUUUGCUGAGAUGUGGAAUAAGGUUGCUGAAAAGAUCAUUGAGGUUCUGAGUGCCGAGCCUACCGUUGACACCCUGGCCGAGAUGUACCAGUGCUUCUACGAGUCGGUUGAGGUCAUCGGCCAGAACAGCUUGACUGCGCAGCACAUGCAGGCAUUCAUUGACUCCGCCAAGUCUACCUUGGAGGACUACCAGAUGCGUGUGAAGCAACGGUUGGAGGAGCAGGCCGAGCUCGAGGAGGGCGAUGAGGAGAACCUGGAUUACGAGUACGCUGUCGAGGAUGAUCAAAACUUGCUCAGUGAUAUGAACAAGGCUUUCCACACCAUCUUCAAGAACCAGGGCACAACUUUCCUGCCCGCCUGGCAGCAGCUGAUCCAGUUCUACGACAACUUCAUCACCAGCCAGGACCCUACACAGCGCCAAUGGGCUCUUUGCAUCAUGGAUGAUGUUUUGGAGUUCUGCUCCCAGGAGUCGUGGACAUACAAGGACCACAUCAUCCAGCCCCUGGCUGCCGGUCUGCAAGACCCUAAUGCUGCCAACCGACAGGCGGCCGCCUACGGUGUUGGUGUUGCUGCUCAAAAGGGUGGUGUCGCCUGGAGCGACUUUGUUGCUGCUUGCAUCCCCAGCCUGUUCCAGGUGACUCAGCACCCUCAAAACCGCACUGAGGAGCAUGUUUUUGCCACUGAGAAUGCCUCUGCCAGUAUUGCCAAGAUUCUUCACUACAACGCCUCCAAGGUUCAGGGUGCUCAGGAAGUUGUGACCAACUGGAUUGAGACCCUUCCCAUCACCUUCGAUGAGGAGGCGGCUCCUUACGCCUACUCCUUCAUUGCUCAGUUGAUUGACCAGCAAAACCCAGCUGUCUUCGCGAAGGCUGACCGCGUGUUUGGUUUCAUUGUGGAGGCUCUCGAAGCCGCUACCCUACAAGGCCAAACUGCUGCUCGUGUGGCUCAGUCCGCUAAGUCAUUGGUGGCCGCUACUGGUUUGAAUGCCGAGGCAAUUCUGGCCGGCGUCAGCCCGGAUAAUCAAGAGCGCAUCCGCAAAUUCUUCCAGUAG